GCGGACCAUUUCCCACUCUCCAUGAUUUGCAUUGAUAGUAGACUGAUGAUGUUGGUGCAUAAUACGUGGAAAUACAUUCAUUUACUGCAGGAAUUUUGAAAAUAAUGAUUUGAUUAUAGCAAAUGAUUUGGAUAGAUCAGAAAAGCAUGUGAAAUGACAUAUUUGUGCAACUGUUAUUGCAGACAUUCAGCAAAGUAGAAGGCAACACAACGUGUUGGCCUUGAGUUGGUUAGGGUAGGCCUACAGGAACUAAGAAAGGCCUGACGCAAGAUGCAGAAAGAACGAGGGGUAAAGACAAAGUACAUGUUCCUGAAGAGGGCAUUGGAGAAAAUUUUGGGAGAGAAAGAGACGAAAAGAGCUCAUCAUGCCCAGUUGAGGAAGGCUUGUGAAAUUGCACUGCAGGAAAUUCUAAAGGACCCAUCAAGUUCACCAGGAGGGACAGAAACCGGAACAAGUGAUGCAGAUUACUCUGAUGGUUAUGAUUCUGAUAAAAAUGUCCUGGUCAAAGCUGACAAAUACUUUCUACCAUUUGAGUUGGCUUGUCAAUCAAGAAGCCCUAAGAUCAUUUCAAGUGCAUUGGAUUGCCUUCAGAAGAUGAUUGCUUACGGGCAUAUCAUUGGAAACGCUCCAGACAGCCGGCAGCCAGGACGAAAAUUGAUUGACAGGAUUGUUGAAACUAUUUGUGGAUGCUUUAUAGGACAACCAACUGACGAAGGAGUUCAACUUCAGAUAAUCAAGGCCUUGCUGACGUCUGUGACCUCAAAUACCUGUGAAGUGCACGAGGCAACAUUGCUGCAAGCAGUCCGAACAUGUUACAACAUUUACCUUGCCAGCAAGAACUUGAUAAAUCAAACAACAGCCAAAGCUACAUUGACUCAGAUGAUUAGUGUCAUCUUUCAGAGGAUGGAAGCCAAAGGGCUUCAGGAUGAAGAGAAUGAAUCAAUGGAUUCGAGUAGUGAGGGACAAUCACAGACACCCACAUCUAAUCAGGCAGAAUCGUCGGGAAAUCAACAACAAGAUUUACAGGAAUCAAGCUCAUCACAGCCUUCUACAGACAAAGAUUCUCCUUCGCCCGAUGUGGGUAGUACCAGCGGAAAGACCAGCUCCUCACCUGCAACUCCUGUUCCGGAUCGAAGGGAAUCCGAGCUACAAAACAGAGAUAGAGCGGAAUCAAGUCCUAAAACCCUGAAAGAACUGAGCCAGGAGAUCAAAAAAACACUGAGCGAAUCCAACGAAGAAUCGGAUAGUGCUGCGGACAAAAAUGGUAAAGAUACACAUGUAACAGCACAACCAAAUAUUGCAGAAUCGAAUGAAACUGCUAAAGUUGAAAGCAAUGGCGUCACCGAAGAGAGUGCUGUUGUUUUUGAUGAACAAAAGGAAAACAUCAAUGUUGACAAUGAGGCAGGUGAAAAAAUAGACACGGUUGAAGGGCAGAGCACAGAAGUUAAAGUGCAAAGUUCAGAAGUGAAACCAGAGGAACAUAUGACAUCAAAACCCGAAAGUGAUGGGAAUGAGCCGACAGAUAACGGCAAUUCUAGUAACUGGGCAAAUUUUCAAAGCUUUGAUACCAAUGCAAACUCACAAGAUUCCCAGGCAAAAGAGGGUGAGUCCCAGAGUAAAGAAGGUGAUUCCCAGAGUAAACUGGAUGAUUCCCAGAGUAAUAAGGGUGAUUCUCGGAGUAAAGAGGCUGAUUCAACGAUUAAAGAAGGUAAUUCUAAGACUGAAGAAGGUAAUUCCGAAAGAAAAGAUGUCGAGAGAGAAAUAAAAGAGGAAAAAGGCAAAGAUCACGAGAAAGCCACAUGUGAUGGUAAAAGUGACCAAUCAUUGGAGGAAACGCAUAAAGCCAAGGCGGAUGCAGAUAACAAAGUCAACAAUAGCCACACCGAAGAGCCUACUGAACCGGGAAAGACAAAAGAUGAACCUCCUCGAUCAGAGACCCCACAGAGUGCCAAUCAAACUUUAGAUGACACGCAUUCAGUAUCUUCAGUCCAAACGGCAGAAGAUCGCCAGUCUGUGAGUUCGCAGGAAGGGACUAUUGACUCGCCUGCAGCACAGCACACCGGGGCAGCUGGUUUCACCCACGUGUUACAAAAGGAUGCAUUUUUGGUCUUCAGAUCUCUUUGUAAGCUGUCAAUGAAGCAUCUCACAGAUGUAUCUCAGGAUUUGAAGUCACACGAACUACGAUCGAAGAUUCUGUCGCUGGAGCUUCUACUCUCGUGUCUUCAGAAUGCUGGAGAUGUUUUCAAAACAAACGAGAUGUUUGUCAGUGCCAUAAAACAGUACCUUUGUGUCGCUUUAUCCAAAAACGGAGUGUCAUCUGUGCCACAGGUCUUUGAGCUGUCACUUGCAAUUUUUGUUACUCUGCUGUCUGACUUCAAAACUCACUUGAAGAAGCAGAUCGAGGUUUUCUUCCAAGAAAUAUUCCUUGGUAUUCUUGAGACAUCCUCAAGCUCCUUUCAACACAAAUGGCUUGUGAUGCAAGCGCUUUCAAGGAUCUGUUCUGAUGCACAGACUGUCGUGGAUAUCUACGUUAACUAUGACUGCGACAUGCAUUCGGCGAACAUAUUUGAGAGACUUGUCAACGAUCUCUCCAAAAUCGCUCAAGGAAGACACGCGAUUGAGUUGGGGGCAACCCCGGCACAGGAGAAGAAGAUACGAUUAAAAGGAGUAGAAUGUUUGGUAUCAAUAUCAAAGUGUAUGGUUGAAUGGAGUAAAGAACUUUAUGUGAACCCAAUCUCACAAGUCAAUAUAUCAGAAGCAGAUGGCUCUGAGAGUCACAGGUCAAAUGCUGCGGAUUCAACCAGCGAAACGUCUUCGAUGAUAUAUGGUGGCAGCAUGUCCUCGUCGAACUCCUUGUCGACGCUCAGCGUGGGCAGUAACCUUGGCACUGUAUCAGAUCAUCCGGAAAAAAUUGAGGUGCUGAAGCAGCAAAAGGAAAUCAUGGAAGAUGGUAUCAAAAAGUUUAACGAAAAACCUAUGCGUGGUGUUCGCUUUUUACAAGAAAGAGGGCUUCUGGGAGACCAGCCCGAAGAUGUUGCUCAGUUUCUCUACACGGAUCAACGGCUAGACAAGACUCAAGUUGGAGAUCUGCUUGGCGACUGCACUGAGGAUGCCAAGAAGAUCAUGUAUGCAUAUGUUGACCAACUGAAUUUCGGAGGAAAAGAAUUUGUUCCCGCUUUGAGAAUGUUUCUUGAAAAUUUUCGACUUCCUGGUGAAGCACAAAAAAUCGAUCGAUUGAUGGAGAAAUUUGCAAGUAGAUAUUGCGAAUGCAAUGCCACGGAGGAAAUAUUUGCCAGUGCAGAUGCGGCUUACGUUUUAGCGUAUUCGAUCAUAAUGCUCACGACAGAUUUACACAGUGCACAAGUUAAAAGAAAAAUGUCUAAAGAACAAUAUAUUACAAUGAACAAAGGGAUAAACGAUAGUAAAGAUUUACCUAGGGAAUAUUUAGAGAAAAUAUACGAUGAGAUUGCACAGAAGGGGAUUAAAAUGAAACACCCAGUGAAAGACAGCCAGCGCACGAGCAGCUUAUAUAUGUUAACAGAAAAGCAAAGACGGACAAUAUAUUUGCAGGAAAUGGAGCUCAUGGCCCAGACUGCAAAAUCAAAAAUGGAGGACGCUAAAAGUGUGGAUAUGACAUUUCUCCGUGCUCAGCAUAUCGAACAUGUGAGGCCAAUGUUUAGGGUCGCUUGGACACCAAUGUUGGCUGCUUUUAGCGUAGGUGUUCAAGACAAUGAUGACACCACUGUAAUUUCUCUUUGCCUGGAUGGCAUCAGAUGUGCUGUUAGGAUUUCUUGUAUUUUUCAAAUGCAGCUUGAGAGAGAUGCUUUCGUGCAAGCCUUGUGCCAGUUUAGUUUGUUGACAGCAAAUGCUGUUAUAACAGAAAUGAAAGCCAAGAACAUCGACACGAUCAAGACAUUGAUCACUGUUGCUUACACUGAUGGGAAUAAUCUUGGACACUCGUGGUUUGAGAUUCUGCAGUGCAUAUCGCAUUUGGAGCUGCUUCAACUGAUUGGCACUGGAGUCAAAGCCCGAAACAUUGGCUCAACUAUGUCCCAUCAGCAUCCGAGUACAGGCUCGUCAUAUGGAAUGCCAACGCAAGAUCUUCAUGGAGGGGUCAUUGAUGCUAAAAGACUAUCGAGCUUGCAAGAAUCUGUCGGCGAAACAUCUUCCCAAAGUAUUGUUGUGGCGGUGGAUAGGAUAUUUACUGGAUCAGUACGUUUGGAUGGAGAAGCAAUAGUUGACUUCGUUACUGCCCUUGCCGCUGUUUCAAUGGAUGAACUCUCCAACCCCUCAUCUCCAAGGAUGUUCAGUUUGCAAAAAAUCGUCGAAAUCGCGUACUAUAACAUGAAUCGUAUCCGAUUGCAAUGGUCGAGAAUCUGGGCAGUGCUCGGAGAGUAUUUCAACAAGGUCGGCAGUAAUCCAAAUGAGGAAGUCGCUUUUUUUUGUGUCGAUUCAUUGCGACAACUCUCAAUGAAAUUCUUAGAAAAAGGCGAAUUGUCAAAUUUCCACUUCCAAAAGGACUUCCUUCGACCUUUCGAAUAUAUAAUGAAGAAAAACGGGUCUUCAACGAUCCGCGAUAUGGUUGUUCGAUGCGUUGCACAAAUGGUCAAUUCUCAAGCCCGCAAUAUCAAAUCCGGAUGGAAAAACGUCUUCUCGGUUUUCCAUUCUGCGGCAUCGGACCUAGAUGAAGGCAUCGUAGAUCUAGCUUUCCAAACGACCGCAAUCAUAUUCGAGAAGCACUUCUCAGUGACUGUCGAGUCCUUCCAAGAUGCCGUCAAGUGUUUAUCCGAAUUCUCGUGUAAUGCUGCUUUUCCUGACACAAGUAUGGAAGCCAUCCGACUAAUACGUCAUUGUGGAAAACACGUGUAUGAGAAUCCCGUGAUGUUCAAGGAACAUUUUGUCGAGGAUGCUGGGAUUAACGAAACGGACAGAAUCUGGGUUCGUGGUUGGUUUCCGGUCAUAUUUGAGCUUUCCUGCAUCAUCAGUCGGUGUAAACUGGAUGUUAGAACAAGAGCCCUUACCGUGAUGUUUGAAAUCAUGAAAUCGUACGGCCACACUUUUCAUAAACAUUGGUGGAAGGAGAUAUUCAAAGUUGUUUUCAGAAUAUUCGAUAGUAUGAAGCUUCCAGAUCAGCAAAUCGAUUGGAUGGAGAAAGCAGAAUGGAUGACGACCACAUGUAACCAUGCACUUUAUGCCAUUGUCGAUGUAUUCACCCAGUACUUUGACGAGCUGGCAGAUGUUCUUUUGGCAGAUAUGUAUCACCAACUGGUUUGGUGUGUUCAACAAGAUAAUGAACAGCUAGCCCGGUCUGGAGUUAACUGCCUUGAAAAUCUGGUAGUUUCAAACGGACAGCGUUUUAAUAUGGAUAUUUGGACAAUGACGUGUGAAUGUAUAAGAAACAUAUUCGAAGCGUCGCUACCAAAUAAACUGUUAACAUGGCGACCCGAAGGUCAUUCGGACGUAGCACAAACAGAGAACCAAGUCUCUUCCAAGGACAGUCUAUCAGAAUCUACGGAAAAUCGGACAGGGCAUCAACGGGCCAAUAAUUCAAAAGUUGACGUGGAUGCAUAUGACGUCAACGAAGGGGAUGACAUCAGCGUUCACAGUCUGCCAAUGACACCAGUAAUGCCGAUGACGCGUGCUGAGUCGAGAGAAAGCCUCCAUUCGAUCACUAGACAAAAAAUCACUCAAGAUCGCACGCUUUUCAACUCCUUGCUUAUAAAAUGCGUAGUGCAGCUCGAGCUUGUUAACACGAUUGAUAACAUCAUAUUCUUCCCGGCAACCAGCAAAAAGGAAGAUGCUGAAAAUAUGGCAGCUGCCCAGAAAAUUAUAAACACUCCUACAAAGGAUGAUGAGACCGAAUCAGUUGCACAGGACCCGCAGGCAGCUCACGUGACGUCACUCAUAGACACUGGCAUGUUUGCACAUUUGACUUCGUCUCAGUUGCUUUCGUUUGCCGAUAUUCUAAUGGAGUCGCAUAAAUUCGCCAGCAAUUUCAAUAAAAAUCAUGACCAGCGGACACUGUUGUGGAAAGCAGGUUUUAUAAAAGGAAAAUCAAGACCAAAUUUACUGAAACAAGAGACUUGUAGUUUAGCUUGCGUUUAUCGGAUAUUAUUUGGGAUUUAUAAUGAUAAUUCACGCAGUGAAUCACACGCGGACAUAGAUGCACGGUUGCAAAGUGUUGCAGAAGAAACUCUUGUGUAUUAUACUUCGUUGGAAUCAACUAAACAUCGCGAUGCUUGGACCUCGUUAGUGUUACUAGUUUUAACAAAGCUGCUCAAAUUAGAUGACAAGAGGUUCAAGGACCACGUACCGAUUUUCUAUCCAUUCAUGUGUGAGAUGAUAACUUUUGAUGUAAAGAUGGAACUGCGCUCAAUUCUUUAUAAACUUUUUACACGAAUUAGACCAAUAUUUGGAAUAGUAAAUCAAUCAGAGAAGGAUAGCUAAUUGGUUUUAAUUACUGUGAAACAGUCAGUUACGUAGUAGUAACAUAGAUUUAAAUGAAUCUGCAAAUUGUUUAAUUGUUUAUUAAGCUGUGCGUUAUUGGACAUUAGAACAAUUGAACCCCCUAGUAGCAUAUUUUUUUUAAUAGGGGUGAAUAUUUUUCUCAAGGUUUACGAGAGGGCACAGUUCAUCACCAGGGGAUUCUAAUUAUAAGGCACUGUUGGUGAAAUAGCAAGUUUAGAGAAUUUAGAUUAGAUGAAUCAGAACGUCUUUGAAUGCUUACCUCUAAAAUUCUUACGUAAUUUUAUAAUUCCUCCAUUCAUUUUACAUAUUUAAAUGCUAGGAUUGAAAAAUUCCAACAUUAUGAAGAUAUGCCGGCUUAUUUUAAUCCCCUUAACCAUGUCAAAAUGGCAACAAUUGCUGUUAUGGUACUUAUUUUUGCGACGUUCUGUUACAAUUCCCAUUAAUAAUAAAUUGUUUUUAAA